AUGACGCGCACGAAGCAGUGGCUGCUGGCCGGGUUUGCGCUUCUCUUUAUUUCUGGAGCCGCUGAAUCGAAACGGAAUUUCAGAUGUCCUUCAGGAUGCUCCUGCACCAAGGAGACCAUCAUCUGCGUCGGGACUGCACAGAUCCCGCGGACCAUACCCAAUGAGAUCCACUCACUGAGCAUGGUGAACGGAUCGAUUUCUGAAAUCACAGAGGGGAUGUUUGCCCUCAUGCCCUCCCUGCAGCUGCUACUUCUUAAUGCAAAUUCUUUGACCACCAUCAAAGAUGACGCUUUCUCUGGUCUCCCACAUCUGGAAUAUUUAUUCAUCGAAGGGAACAAGAUUGACACAAUCAGCAAGAACGCCUUUCGUGGUCUGCGAGAUUUGACUCAUCUAUCGCUGGCUAAUAACAAGAUGAGGUUUCUGCACAGAGAUCUGUUUUUUGACUUGGACUCGUUGCUGGAACUGGAUCUGCGAGGCAACUCUUUCCAGUGCGACUGUGAGAACAAGUGGCUGAUGACGUGGCUGAAAAACACAAACGCCACAGUAUCGGAUGUCUUCUGCGCAGGCCCCGCUGAGAUGAAGGGCAAGCGGCUCAAUGACCUUCCUCUUCCAGCGGGCGGGUGCAUCUCCACAGACUUCGUGCGUCAUCAGUCCAUCCCCAUCCAGUCCAUGUCGGCGGACAUCUUCUCCUUCAAGGAGGACAUAUACGUGGCGAUGGCUGCCCCAAACUCCAACAGCUGUGUGGUCAUGGAGUGGGAUCACAUUGAGAUGAACUUCAGGAAGUUUGAUAAUAUAACAGGGAAGUCCGUCGUUGGAUGCAGGUCCGUCCUGAUCGACAGCCACGUCCUGAUAAUCGUCACGCAGCUCUUCGGAGGCUCCCACAUUUACAAGUUCGACGAUCAGCAAAACAAGUUCACGAAGUUUCAAACUAUCGAGGUCUUCAACAUCUCCAAGCCCAACGACAUUGAGGUCUUCCAGAUGGACGGUGAUUGGUACUUUGUGAUCGUGGACAGCUCCAAGGCGGGUUUGUCUACUUUGUACAAGUGGACCGAGCAGCCGGACCGCAACGAAACCGGCUUCUACUCCUACCAGUUCCUCCACGAGUGGUUUCGCGACACGGAUGCGGAGUUUGUGGAGGUGGACGGGAAGUCCUACCUCAUCUUAGCCAGUCGCUCGCAGGCCCCCGUCAUGUACCUGUGGAACAAGAGCAGCCUGAAGUUCCUCCUACAAAGUGAGAUCCCUCACGUCGACGACGUGGUGGCGGUCAAAGCGUUCCGGGAGGACAACGAGCUCUAUCUGGCCAUGACCUGCUACAUCGGCGACUCCAAAGUCCUGAAGUGGGCCAAUAAGCAGUUCUCCGAGGUGCAGGCUCUGCCCUCUCGAGGAGCCAUGAUCCUCCAGCCGUUCACCUUCUCAGACAGGCGCUACCUCGCCCUCGGCAGCGACUAUUCUUUCACGCAGAUCUACCUCUGGGAUGGGGAGACCAAAACGUUUCACAAGUUCAAGGACAUUUACGUGCAGUCGCCGCGGUCAUUCACAGCAGUGACCACCGACCGGAGGAAUUUCAUCUUCUCCUCCAGCUUCAAGGGCAAAUCCAUGGUUUUCGAGCACGUUAUUGUAGAUUUAAGCUUAUAA